AUGGGACAUCCUGAAAUGAGACUUUUCUGUACCUGGCACGUCGAUAGAGCCUGGAGGGCCAAGAUUAAGAGCAAAAUUAGAAGUUUGGACAAGAGAAACGAGGUGUACAAACUUGUUAAAUCGUUAAUGCAGGUAAGAGAUGUUGCUGUGUUUCAAGAAUCGUUGGUAAAAGCAUUGCAGAACCUCAACAGCGAUCCAGAGACUUCAGAAUUUGGUCACUAUUUCAAGACGUAUUAUGAAAAAAAUGUGAAGUGUUGGGCAUAUUGUCAUAGGAUGCGAUCUGGACUCAACACAAACAUGCACCUGGAGAGCAUGCAUAAGACAUUGAAAUAUAUACAUGCUAAUGCAAAGCAGGUAAAACGUUUGGACAAAGGUAUAUCCGCUUUGAUGUCGCUUGUAACAGCAAAGCUGUUUGACAGGCUCAUUGUCAACGUGAAAGGGAAGCUAACAAGUAAAAUGAAAAACAUUCGCCGUAAACACAAAUGCAGCAUUCUGAUGAAUAAGGACUCAAUUAGGAAGGUAGGCAGAGGUUGGGAAGUACCAGCCACAAAAUCACAUGAAGUUUACCUUGUACAAGAAAAUAAUAUCUUCUGUAACUGUAAAUUAGUGUGCACUGACUGUAAAGUGUGCAUUCAUAGGUAUUCCUGCACGUGUAUUGAUUAUAGCAUUAAGUUAAAUAUGUGCAAGCAUAUACAUAAUGUUUGCCAACUAGACAGUACAGAACAAAAUCCUUUUGAAAUUUCUGAAUUACAAGAUGCAGUAGCUACAGAUGUUGGAGAUAUGUCUUGCAUUAAUGAGAAAGAAGUGAUUUUGAAGCAAGUAAGUGGAAAUGCUAAUUCCUGCACCCCAGAAGCAUUGGCAGAAGAGAAGAGAAAAAUUAUUUCUAGGUUUUCAGAAAUUGUUUCUGGUAUGUCAGCUACUGAAGUUCAGCUGGCUAACAAAAUGGUGACUUCGUUGAAGGUUAAUGUAGGUGCUGUUCGCACCAGUAGUGGUAUCUCUUUCAUUAUCCCACAAAGAAGUCUCAAGAGGAAACUUUUGCCCCAGAGGAGGCUGUUUUCAACAAAGAAGACAAGUUCUUCAAAACGCAUAUCCAUGGCAGUUCCUAAUGCAGAAGAAACCAACAACAUCCUGAGAACACUUCUGGAUGAAGAUUUAUAG